UUUCCUGUUCAUUGGCUAGCGGCAGGGUGUCGUCAAUGGGGCGGUUAAUGAUGGGACACGGUACUACAUUUUAACCAGAGGCUGCUUAUCUCCAUUCUCUUUGCGCAUCUGAACUCUUGAAUACUACUUUCCAGCACAUAGGAGAGAACUAAUGGCUGACCGAGUGCUUGUGAUUGGCAGUGGAGGGAGAGAGCAUGCGCUGGCCUGGAAGUUGGCCCAGUCCCCACAUGUGAAACAUGUUUUUGUUGCUCCAGGAAAUGCAGGAACAGCUGACAAUGGAAAAAUUUCAAAUUCAGCUGUUUCAGUCAGCAAUCAUGCUGCACUUGCCCAGUUCUGCAGAGAUCAGGACAUCAAGCUGGUUGUGGUUGGUCCAGAGGUUCCUCUUGCUGCUGGAAUUGUUGAUGACUUGACAGCCGCUGGAGUAAGGUGUUUUGGUCCAACAGCAAAGGCAGCUCAGCUGGAGUCCAGUAAGAGCUUUACCAAAGCCUUUUUGGAUCGUCAUGGGAUCCCAACUGCAAGAUGGAAAUCUUUUACUGAUCCUAAAGCAGCAUGUAGCUUUAUUAAUAGUGCAAACUUCCCUGCUUUAGUUGUAAAAGCUAGUGGCCUGGCAGCUGGCAAAGGAGUAAUUGUGGCUUCCAACAAGGAAGAGGCCUGCAAAGCUGUUACUGAAAUCAUGCAGGAUAAGACUUUUGGCACAGCUGGGGAAACUGUUGUUGUUGAAGAACUUCUUGAAGGAGAAGAAGUUUCUUGCUUAUGUUUCACUGAUGGCAUCACAAUUGCUCCCAUGCCACCAGCCCAGGACCACAAGCGAUUAAUGGACGGAGAUGAAGGCCCUAACACUGGAGGGAUGGGAGCUUAUUCCCCAGCACCUCAGAUUUCUAAAGAUUUACUGCAGAAAAUAAGAGAUUCUGUUCUUCAGAAAACUGUUGAUGGCAUGAGGAAAGAAGGUGUCCCCUAUUUUGGUGUGCUUUACGCUGGAUUAAUGCUUACCAAAGAUGGACCUAAAGUUCUUGAGUUUAACUGCAGAUUUGGUGACCCAGAAUGUCAGGUAAUUCUUCCACUGUUGAAAAGUGAUUUGUAUGAAGUUAUGCAAGCGGUUAUCAAUAAAAAGUUGUCUAGUUCCAUGCCAGUUUGGUUUGAAGACAGUGCAGCUGUGACAGUGGUCAUGGCUAGCGAAGGAUAUCCAGGAACAUAUCCCAAGGGUUUGGAAAUAACAGGACUUUCUAAGGCUAAGCAACUAGGACUGGAGGUGUUCCAUGCAGGCACAGCCCUGAAGGAUGGCAAAGUAGUGACUAGUGGAGGAAGAGUCCUUACAGUAACUGCUAUUAAAGAGGAUCUCAUGACAGCACUGCAAGAAGCCAACAAGGGAGUAGCAGCCAUAUACUUCAAGGGUGCCAUUUAUAGAAAGGACAUUGGUUAUCGGGCUAUAGCUUUCCUGAGACAAUCCAGAGGCCUGACUUACAAAAACAGUGGGGUAGACAUUGCAGCAGGGAAUACUUUGGUUCAGAAAAUUAAACCCCUAGCUGCAGCCACAUCGAGGUCAGGCUGCAAUGCAGAACUUGGAGGAUUUGCUGGCCUCUUUGAUUUGAAAGCAGCUGGUUACAAAGAUCCGGUCUUGGUAUCUGGAACUGAUGGUGUUGGCACAAAACUCAAGAUUGCACAAGUGUGUAAGAAACAUGACACCAUAGGUCAGGACCUGGUUGCCAUGUGUGUCAAUGACAUCUUGGCUCAAGGAGCAGAGCCCCUCUUCUUCCUCGACUAUUUUGCCUGUGGCAAACUUGAUGUUGAAGUGGCUCAGGGUGUCAUUGCAGGAAUAGCUGAAGCCUGCAAAAAAGCAGGAUGUGCUCUUUUGGGAGGAGAAACUGCUGAAAUGCCAGGCAUGUAUCUACCUGGAGAGUAUGACCUGGCUGGUUUUGCUGUUGGUGCAGUGGAGCGAGGGCAGAUGCUGCCCCAGCUGGAGACAAUUGCUGAUGGAGAUCUGGUUAUUGGAGUAGCUUCGUCUGGGGUUCACAGCAAUGGGUACAGCCUUGUGAGGAAGAUUGUGGAAAAGUCAUCGUUUGAUUUCUCUUCUCCAGUUGGUGUCUCCGGUGAUCAGACAUUAGGAGAUCUCUUGUUAACCCCAACUAAAAUCUACAGUAAGACUCUGUUGCCUGUCCUUCGCUCAGGCCAUGUGAAAGCCUAUGCCCACAUCACUGGAGGGGGCUUGCUGGAAAACAUCCCCAGAGUUCUCCCAGAGUCCUUUGGUGUCGUUUUAGAUGCUCUUACCUGGAAGAUUCCUGAAAUCUUUUGCUGGCUCCAUAAAGAAGGGAACCUCUCUGAAGAGGAAAUGACUCGCACAUUUAAUUGUGGGAUUGGUGCUGUCUUGGUAGUUCAGAAGGAGCUAGCUCAGCAGGUCCUCAAGGACAUACAGAGACACGAGGCAGCCUGGCUGAUUGGGAAAGUUGUCUCCCUGCAAAAAGGCUCUGCCCAUGUUAAAGUCCAUAAUCUGCUUCGAGCCUUGCAAGCCAAUAGGUCACUGUCUCUGCACAGUCAUAUCCAAGGCAAAAUCCAAACAAACAAAGUGAAGGUUGCUGUCCUUAUCUCUGGAACAGGCACAAACCUGGAAGCCCUCAUAAAUAGCACAAAGAAGCCUACCAGUUUUGCACAAAUAGUUCUUGUUGUUUCUAACAAAGCUGGUGUGGAGGGGUUAAGGAAAGCUGAAAGAGCUGGUAUUUCUACAAGGGUUAUUGACCAUAAAUUGUACGAAAGUCGCACUGAAUUUGACAGUGCAGUUGACAAAGUCCUUGAAGAAUUCUCAGUUGAACUGAUCUGUCUGGCUGGAUUUAUGCGAAUACUGUCAGGUCCUUUUGUCAAAAAAUGGGAAGGAAAAAUACUGAACAUCCACCCGUCUCUACUGCCUUCUUUUAAGGGAGCAAAUGCCCACAAAUUGGUGUUACAAGCUGGAGUCCGAGUCACAGGCUGUACUGUACACUUUGUAGCUGAGGAAGUCGACGCUGGAGCAAUCAUUUUCCAAGAGGCAGUUCCAGUUAAGGUUGGUGACACAGUGGAGACCCUGUCCGAAAGGGUGAAGGAGGCCGAGCACCGAGCCUUCCCAGCUGCCCUGCAGCUUGUCGCCAGUGGGGCUGUUCAGGUGGGGGAAGCUGGCAAGAUCUACUGGAAGUAGGAGCAGCAUGUCCAUGAACGUCCUCAGAUGGGACGGCUGGGGUGCCUUAAUUGAUCAAAACAGAGAUCUCAGACUAAUAACAUGGACACUAUUCUCUUCACAAAGAGUUUUCAACAUAGAGUUUACCAUGUCAUGUUCUCACUCAAAUGGCUAAAGAUUCAAAGUACGAUCCGGAGAAAGCCACAAAUGGGAAUACUGAGGCAAGGGGGCUGCUGUUCUCAGUAGUUUCAGCAACGGCUCUGUUACAUGCUUCCUAACCAUGAUCACUUCCUUGGCCGACAUUUCGGUUCUCAAUCACUUUUUUAAAAACAAAAAAAACAUUCCUUUGGUUACAGAGAGAUCUGAGCAUCUCUGAGAUUGACUUAGGAACAUCAGUAUUACCCUCUAACAGACCAUACAGGCUGUAACAAGGGUUCCUCUUGUCAUGUGCUGUGAGGAAAAGUAAUGGAACUAGUACAAUGGAAGAGAUGGCUAAAGGCAAAAAACUUUGCUCACCAAAACCUCUAGCCAAAACAAGAUAAACCGGCCUCCCAAAACACUAACUAUUUCUGCAGAUAAUGAAAUAGACUUUUUUCCAUAUAAUUUCUGGUUUAAUGUUGGUAGAUCUUGUCUGGCCCAGAUUCUCAAUAUAUCCCAUGAUUUCAAAUACUGGAUCUGCUGUCAAUCAGAUGCUAAAUAGAAUUAAAUGUCUGCUGACCAUUUGCCUUCAAGCAUCCCCAUGUGAAUUCACAUGUGAAUUCCCCUCAGAGAUUUGUUCAGAGCCAAAGGAGUUGGGUUGGGUUUUUUUCUUUCAGUUUUGGGGUUUUUUUAUGAAUGAGCAGAAAGGGAGUUAGGACUAGAUACAAAAAUUCUGUUGAAAUAAGUGCCUUUAUUCUUAAAACAUAAUACUGAUGGAAACACAGUAAAUGUUAUUCUGAAAGCAAGAAUGGGUUUUGCACAGCUCAACUCUUAUGAAAAAGCACCUGGUUUUCUUUUAAUGUUUUACUAUAGUUGUGAAAACAUUUGAAGGUACGUACUAAAAUCAUCAGUUUUCCCCCAUACAAACCAGAAGCAUCUGACUGAAGCUGAUUAUGUAUGUUUUAGAGCUCCCCUUUAAUACAGAGAAAGCUGAUUUGUAUUCUGUGCACUGAUGUCCUUACGGUACUUCUGUGUUGACAUAAUCUCAAUUUGGAUUUGAAAUAAAGUCUAAUAAAGUUAAAAAUUUAAAUAUCAAAA